AUGGAAUUACUGCUGAAGGCUGUUCAAAACCUCGAGAACGACGGAUACAAGGUGGCAGCUUUAGUACAGUCCCCGGGUGAGACGACGUCAUCGCAGCUUGUGUGCUCAAAGACCCUCGAUACACGCGUGGAGACGACGCUGACGAAAGUACUAGAAACGCAGCAGCACCAACAGCACCCGCAGCACCAGCAACACCAGCAGCAUCAGCAGCCUGCUGGUCCUCCGAAAAAAGAUGUGACAGCGCAUCAUGACCUUCGAUUGUGUGAUCUAGACUUGAACAAUCCUUAUGCUGUGGAAAACUAUCUCAAAAACGUGUUUUCUAUGCUCCGGCAGUUGCAUUGCAAAGCUAUUGCCAAGGCGUGGAUCAAGGUUGUUGAACCCAGAAAAAAGGCCAGACAUCCUUAUAUUAAAGGCGAACUUUUCAGGCCAUAUUGGUGGCCAACUAGCGUGGAACACCGUGAACCCGACCAUUUGCGCAAACCACAGAGAAUAAUGCUCAUGAUCGCCAUUUUGACACAGCUGGUACCGCAAUGCAACGAUCCUAAUUUACUGCAUCAACUCAAAAAAUCGACAAUGUCAAUUCACUUCCCUAAGAAUUCGGGCCAUCACCAAAUUGCCCUCGACUACGUGUACAAAAUUUGUGGAGCGCUUUGCAUGGGUCUGCCCACCAUUGCGGCCUUCGAUUGCACAACGGUCCCUACGGGCAAAAUGACCUCCAAAAGCAGAAAAAAGGUGAUGAAAAUGGAUCCAGCGCUAGAACAUCUCACGUUGCUUGGUACCUUGAGUCCUGAUAGUCUUGAUGGUGCCGAAAGCAGACCUGUGAGUGGACCGUUUCCUUCCAUGUGUCACUCUUCUUCCGAGUACAAAUCCAAUGUAUAUCACACAGGCGCACAAAAGCAGCAAAAUGCUCUCUAUUCCUCAAACGCAACCCACACGAGAGUAUCAAGCACAAUCACUCAACCAUUUCUAUCUUCGAUAAGCGGUGAAGGUGCAAAUUCAAAUCAUUUCAGUGAUCUCGGCAGUGCGUUUGUCAAUUUUGGCGGACCUGAUCCUGUCUUUGACUACUGA